AAUGACGAUUGUUAUUUUUUUUAAGUAACAUAUUACUAUUAGUUAAGGUACGAAUUAUUAUUUUAAAUCAUUAGACGUGAAUUGAUAACAAAAUGACCCGACCAUUUGAAUUGAAUGGGUUUUGUAGUUAAUACUAUUAACUGUUUUAUUUGCGCGGAAAAUAAAGCAACAUUCUAACGUGUGUUUGUAUGAAAAGUGUUUGAUAUUUUUAUUAAUUUUUUAAUAAUAUUUACCCAACUUAAUUAUGUCAUUAAACGAUUGGAUCGUGUAAUGGGCGAGCGACUUGCAAUGAAGAAAAUACCAUCUCCGAGCCAACGCUCGAAAUAUUCCUUGAGGCGUCUGCCUCACGACCGUCACUGACAAAACCAUGUUCAUUCGUUUAGCAUGUUGCCGUCUAUUGAGACACAAAAAGUUGAUCUACAUUUCUAUAUUCAUUUCAUUUUUACUGUCCUUUGUUUACGUAGUUGUUCUGCCACAUGUUUUUACACUCCUCCAGAAACCUCCUUCCAAAAUUCAAGAAGUCUAUCAGUAUGUUAUUCCAGAAGACAGUCCAAUUGUUCCAACAAACUCUAGAUGCACAUUCUACGAUUGUUUCAAUAUAUACAGGUGUGGCCAUAAGUUUGAUGGUGAUUUUAAAGUUUAUGUUUAUCCGAUGGCYAGACAUGUUGACAAGGAUUUUAUACCCAUUGGAGGUAAAAUUUCUAAAGAAUAUCAUACUAUAUUGAGGACAAUAGUAGAGAGCCAGUACUACACAACAAAUCCAAAAGAAGCAUGUGUUUUUGUGUCAUCAAUUGAUACAUUAAAUCAAAACCGGUUUCGAGUGAAAGAAACAUCACAGGCUCUUGCUUUAUUACCACAUUGGAACGAUGGUCAGAACCAUUUAAUAUUUAAUAUGGUGCCAGGAACAGCACCAGACUAUAAAUCUGUKGUUGAUUUAUCCAUUGGUAAAUCCAUGGUUGCUGGUGUAGGUUUUGAUUCUUGGACAUAUAGAUCAUCUUUUGAUAUUUCAAUAGCAAUUUACAGCAAUUUAGCAAUUUCUUUAAGUAAUAACUAUACUUUCAAAUACAGGACAACAUUUAUUAGCACAAUUCAAACAAAUCUUCAUAAUGAUUUCAUUACUWCUUUAAAAUCAAUUGAAAAACAAAAAUCAACAACACAGAAUAUAACGAUUAGAGUUAUAGAACCUUGCUCACAUAAUAGACACGACAGAACAAUAAUUUGCCAUGAAAACACUACUUAUAACUAUGCAGACAUACUUGCUGACAGUGUCUUUUGUUUAAUAUUGCCUGGUCCACGGCUAAUGGAUAUGGUUUUUAUUGAUGCACUGGCAGCUGGAUGUAUACCAAUAGUAGCUAUAAAUCAUGUUGUAUUACCAUUUUUUGAAGUUAUAGACUGGAAAAGAGCCGUAAUUAUGUGGAGUGAAACUGAACUAAAUUCUAUACUAGACGUAGUUUCUGGUAUUCCUCUGGACMGACGGAAAGAGAUGUCAGCUCAAGGCCGUUGGCUAUAUCAGACAUAUUUAUCAUCAUUGAAAAUAAUUACUAUGACUACACUUAAGAUAUUAAGUCAAAGACUGCAUCCACAUAGUUCAGAUUUUUAUGAAGAUUGGAAUUUAAGACCACAUCCUGUAUCUGCUAGAAAUCCAUUAUUCUUACCAUAUAUGUCAGAUUCUUCAGGAUUCACAGCAAUAAUAUUAUCRUACGAUAGAAUAGAUAGUUUAUUUACACUAAUAAAUUUGAUCAGUAAGGCGCCAAGUCUGCAAAAGAUUAUUGUUGUUUGGAAUAAUCAGUUAAAAUCUCCACCACAUUUUUCAGAGUGGCCGAAAAUUGAUGUAUCUCUAAAGGUUGUGCAAACCACAGCAAACAAACUAUCAAAUCGAUUUUUUCCCUAUAGAGAAAUUGAAACAGAAGCAGUUUUAUCUUUGGAUGAUGAUAUACUUAUGUUGACUUUAGAUGAGAUUGAAUUUGGAUUUCAGGUUUGGAAAGAAUUUCCUGAUCACAUAGUAGGUUUUCCAUCUAGAACCCAUGUAUGGAAUAACAAAACUAAUACUUGGAAGUAUGAAUCAGAAUGGAAAAAUGAAAUAUCUAUGGUAUUGACUGGGGCAGCAUUUUACCAUAAAUAUUGGAAUCAAGCCUAUACAUAUAUUAUGCCUAAUAAUAUCAAACAAUGGGUAGAUGAUCAUAUGAACUGUGAAGAUAUUGCAAUGAACUUUUUGGUGUCCAACACUACAAACAAAGCUCCAAUUAAAGUAACUCCUAAAAAGAAAUUUAAGUGUCCUCAAUGUAAAAACACUGAAAUGUUAUCAGCUGACCAAGGACACAUGGCUACAAGAACAUCAUGUGUGAACAUGUUUGCUGCUAUUUAUGGUAGAAUGCCAUUAAAGACUGUUGAGUAUAGAGUUGAUCCUGUUCUGUACAGAGAUGUAUUUCCAACAAAAUUGAAGAGGUAUAACAAUGUUGGAGAAUUGUGAUCAUAUUGUGCCGUAUUCACUUUUGAGACUUGUGAUCAAAACCUGUGACAUUCUUUAUUUUAAGUUUUUUUUCUCCAUUACCAUUUUAAAGUCAAUGUGAAUUAUAUUAAAUGGUUAUUAUUAUAUAUUUUAUUAUUAAAUUCAAUUGAUCAGCAUUAGUUAUUAUUGUGAAU